UCUUACCUCUCCCAAUACUGCUUUUUUCUUCGGAUUUAAGCAGUCAAUCUUUCCGCGUGGACAUUUGACCGAAUCUAGUUUACCUUUUUUUUUACGGGCAGUUUACCCUAUUUUGUCCGUGGAGAGUGGUUGCUUCCAUAGGAAACAGCCCAUUUUUAAUCUGUAUGUAUUAUUCGAAUGCGUUGGCGGCUUGCUGAACAAGUUGGCUGCAAUCUAAGCGCUUACCAGUUCAUCAACUUGACUUCUAUUGGCGAUGUCGUGCGGGAGAGGGCAGUAGUGAUUUAUAGAGCCUUGAAAGCAAGUGUUAUGACAAAUAAUACUAUUUGGAUGUUCUGCUGGUUUGAUUUGGAUUGUCCUAGUCCAGCAAUCCUUAGCGUGGCCCCGUUUCGGUUCCACCAUGAAAAAAUAUUUGGUUAGGCUUCAUAAUUAGUUUGUUUUCUAUCAGUAUAACUCAAUGCAAAUCAUAAGUCAAACCAUCAUAUUCUGUGCCAUUUCCAUAUUCUUGGCAACUCUGCUAUGGAGUUAUGUGAGCACAUUAGUCUAGUGAAAGUAGGAUUAUCACUAGUUUUCUAUCUGUAGAAACGAGGAUUGUUACUAGAAAUAAAAUCUCAUGCUCCGGUUGUUGAACAUUUGUUGGAGCUGGUGGUAGUUGUUCAGCUGAGGGUGUCUUUUUAGAUAGGGAUCAAUAUGUACUCGGAGCAGUUCUUGACCGUGCUUUCUAAUUAAACUGGGUUACAUCCUGUUGAGGGGAUAUCUGGUGCUUCCUUACCUUACAGUGGUUCCGUUCUACCACCAAAAAACAUGAAAAGGUCUGGACGUCUGGUGAAAAAUGAGAACAUCGAUUCGAUACAAGAUUCAUCUAUGAUGCCACACAAUUUGAUCCACACGCCGAGAAACAAGAAUGACAAAUUCUGCUCUGGUAGUAGCCAAUUCAAAUUCAGAGGGGCUUUUUCUUCGAGGCUUGUCACACUUGAUACCAUUGAUAUAUUUACCACUAAUGAAUGGUUCUCCAGACCAACUGUGUUUUUCCGCUGCAGUGGAGAUAACCAGACAUAUUUGCCUGACGUGAAGGAGGCAAAUUUGAUAUAUACCUUUAAGGGUGGAGAAUCAUGGCAGCCCUUAACGGAACUUCCAGAAAAGAAGUGCAAGCGAUGUGGUUUGUACGAACAGGAUAUGUUUAGAAAUGAUGUGUUUGAUGAAUGGGAGCUGUGUUCUAGUGACUUCAAAGAUGGCAAGUACACACACUUCAAGGAAGGGCAGUUCAAUGCGACCUUCCUGUGCCCAAACUGUACUGUCUCUGUUGGUGAUGCUGCAGCCCAUCACUCUAGCUCAGAGGUGGAAGCCAAAAAGACAUCUGUUGCUGUUACCAUAAUAGUAAGCGUUCUCGCUUCCGUUAUCGUCGUCCUCGCCUUGUUCGGAGCCUACAAGUACUGGCUGAAAAAGAAGAGGGAGCGGGAUCAGUUACGAUUUCUCAAGCUCUUCGAGGAGGGAGACGACAUGGACGACGAGCUGGGCCUGAGCAAUGAACUCUAAGAUAGCGAAUACAGUCUGACGCCCUGAUCUCCAAUCAUCCCAGAUUAGUUCACGUCGCCGUGUAUAAAAUGUUCUUCUUCUUUCCAUUUCUCUUUUCAGUUUUUAGCUUCAAAUUUUUGUGAUGUACAGCACCUCCACGGUUGAAAGACACAACUCUGACAGCAACAGAACAACUCUUUCGAUUCGUCGCGCUUUUCCCCCUCAUAAGAUCUGGCAACGGUUAGCGUUGCUUAUUCA